AAUGUAUGAUAACUUUCAGCAGAUACACAUUAUACAUAUUGACUAUGAUAAAUCAAAAGAACUGAUUAAGAACUUGAUUGGAUUUAUGUAUUUAGAUGAAUUCAAAAGACAACAUCAUUUGUCAAGAGAAAUUAAUUGAUGAAUAUUAAAUGGCUAUACCAAUUACAUUCCAUUCAUUACAUGAAACAUCUAAUACAGCAUUAAUGAUACAUUCAUGUGAUAUAAAUGAUUCACAUCUAUCAUCUAUAUCUUCGAAUAAUUCAUAUUAUAAUACAAUAGGACAUAUUGAUGAAUCAGAUCAUAUAGAUACAAAUGGAUUAUUUCCUGAAUGGUCAUUAAAAUUAUCAUCUAAACAAGAUCAUUAUGAUAAACUUAAUACUGAUGAUAUAACACAUUAUACUGAGCAGAUAUUACAUAAUAAUAAUAAUAUCGAAUUGAAUGAUCCUAAACUAUCCUAUUCAACAGAAUGUAAUAUAGUAGAAGAAGAAACUCAUUCAACUUUAUUACCUAAUUGUCUCACUAAAGGUUUAAAUGACUUGGUAACUAAAUUAAAUAAUCAUGAUCAUCAUAAUCAUGAUGUAUUAUACAAUCAAUCUGAUUGUUAUAAUACUCAUGAAUUAUCUAAUUGUGAUAUUAUUAUACCUUCAACAUUCAAUAUUAUUACAUCAUUGAAUAAUACAGAUCUCAUUCAGCAUAAAACGAAUUCAUUCAAUUCAUCUAAAUGGUAUCCAAUAUUACAUAAUCAUUGUAAUACUGAUUAUUUAUAUAAUCCAUUAUUAACUAAAUAUGAUGAUCAUUCAUUGAUUUUAUCAACGAAUUAUACAAAUGAUACAUUGAAUUUAUCAAAAAUGUUUAAUUUAGAUAAUCAUGAAUUUGAUCAAUUGAAUGUAAAUAAAUUGCAUCCAGUUACAUCAUCAUCAUCAUCAUCAUCAUCAGCAACAUCCUCAUCCUCGUCGUCGUCAUCGUCCUCCUCCUCCUCCUCAUUCUCAUUCUCAUCCUCUUCUUCAUCUUUAUCAUUUAAUGAUAAAGAUGUUCGAAAUUAUUUUCUUCAAGAAGAAACAUCGUUUGAAAAAGUUCGACAUUUAACAACGAAUAAAAAUGUUUUACAUAAACAUGAUUUAAUAGAAUCUUCAAAGAAUUAUCAUAAUCAUAAUCAUAAUACUAUAAUGCCAAAGGAAGAAAUUAUAAAAAAGCACAUUAUGAAUUCAUAUGAGAAUAAAUAUGAACAAGAGAAAAUGAUUUCGUCAUCAAAUUAUCCUUCCUCGUCAAUUGUUUCAUAUAAUAAUAAUGAUAAUAAUCAUACUAAUUGGAUGAAUAAAGAUGAUAAUAUUAAAAGUAUACAAGAUCAUGAAACGUGUACAACUACAACAACAACAACAACAACUACUACUACUACUACUACUACUAUUAGUAGUAGUAGUAGUUUAAAGAAAAAUCCAUCUUUAUCAUCAUUGAAAUCAUCACGUUUAAAACGUAAAAUUGAUGGUACUUAUUCAUCUUAUAUCAUGAAUGAUGAAACAUCAAUCUAUGAAAAAGAAUCAUUGAAAUUAAUGAGAGAAUAUUCUAAACAAUCUAUUGAUUUAUAUAAUAAUAAUAAUAAUAAUAAUAAUCAUGAUCAUCAGUUUAUUGCUUAUUCUAUUAAAUCAUCUCCAUUAAAUAAUGAAUUACAAUUUAUCACUAAUUCUCAUUUAAUCGAUAAUGAUCAUUUAUUCAAUCAAUAUAAUGAUUCAUUACCAUGUUAUUUAUCAUCAAAUAUUGAUUUAAAUAAACAAACGAUUCAUCAACAUCAUGAUUAUUUAUAUAAUACAUCAAUUAAUUCGAUUGAACAUUUUCCAAUAAUCAAUAAUAUGACAUCAUCAUCAUCAUCAGCAUCAUCAUCAUCCUGUAUACCACAAAAAUCAAUACAAUUCGAUUAUUAUGAUAAUCAUAAUCAUAAUCAUAAUAAAUCAAUAGAGAAAUCAAUCAAUCAUAAAAAUGAUGAAACGAUUACAUUAAUAAACAAUAUAGAUAAAAUAAAUAAUAAUAAUAAUGAAUAUUCAAUUUAUUCUACAGAACAAUUAAAUCCUAUUAAUCCUAUAGAUCAUUUUAAUUCAAUUACUUUUGAUUAUUGUAAUCAUCCAAUGACACAUAGAUAUAUAUCAUGUACAAAUGAUGAAUAUCAUCCUUCUCCUUCUCCUCCUCCUCCUCCUCCUCCUCCUCCACCUCCUCCUGAUCCUCAUCAUCCUCAUCAUCAGCAUCAUCAACAUCAUAAGUUAACUAUAAGGAAUACAUGUAAUGAAGAAUUACAACACCUGCCACCACCACCACAGCAACAACACCAACACCAAUCAGCACCACCACCACCACCACCAUCACAACAACAACAACAACAAUCAUUAUCUAAAUUGAAUAGUAAUAAUAAUAAUAAUACAACAUUAGAUUAUUUUAAUAUAAAUCCAUUAACUUAUUUAUCAUCGAAUAUAUUACCUUCAACAGAUAUUAAUGAUAAAUUAAAAAUGAAUUCAAAAUAUUUAGCUGCACAACAAGCAUUAAUCGUUAAAUAUUUUAAUCAUAAUCAUAAUACUACUAAUAAUAAUAAUAAUCAUUUAACAAAACUAUCUCAUUUUAAUGAAUUUAAUGAAUUCUUUAAUGAAACUAAUGAAAUCAAUCGAACCAAUGAAAUGAAUGGAAUGAAUGAAAUCAAUCGAACCAAUGAAAUGAAUGGAAUGAAUGAAAUCAAUCAAACCAAUGAAAUGAAUAGAAUGAAUACAAUCAUUACAAAUGAAAAUACUAUGAUUAAUCAUUCAUCUAUUCAUUCAAUAUUAAAUAAUGAUAUUAUACUCCCUAUUGAAGAUACUGCUACUACUACUACGACUACGACUACGACUACGACUACUAGUACUACUACUAAUCAUAAUGAUGAAUUAUGUUUGAAUAGAUUUGAUCCUUUUAUACAUUUACCAACAUCUAAUACACCAAAUUGUAUUCAUGAUUGUAAAGAUCAUUGUUUAGUAACAACAAUAAAAGAUAAGAAUUUCAUUGAUUCUAAUAUGAAAUUAUGUAAUAUGAAUACAAUGACAAAAAGAUUUCAACAUAAAUGUCCAUAUAAUCCAUUAGAUCUAAAUGAUAAUGAUAAUAAGAAUCAAUUAUAUCAUAAUUCAUCAACAAUCUUAUUGAAUAAUAGAUCUAAUCAUUAUAUGAAUGAACCAAUUUUAUUCAAUGAUACAUUCAUGAAUAAAUCGAAUACCGAUUCCUAUUUACAUUCAUAUCAUUGUUUUAUGAAUGGAAUAGAUACAUUCGAUGAAAAGAAUCUAAAAUUAUAUAAUGAACAUAAUACAUGUAUCAGUCCAUUAUUACUAUUAUCAUCAUCAUCAUCAUCGUCAUCAUCAUCAUCAUCAUCAUCAUCAUCAUCAUCAUCGUCAUCGUCAUCGACGUCAUCAUCCUUGUCAUCGUCAUCAACACAUUCCACAACAUCAUCAACAUCAUUAUCGUCUACUUUAUUAUUAUCUUCUACAUCUACACCAUCAAUGAUAUCAUUUAGCCCAAAUAAUUCUAGAUUAUCAAAAGUUUCUAAUUAUAAUUUAAAUGAUAUCAAUUCUAUAUCAAUGAAUGAAACAGAUUGUCAUCAAUUAUGUUUAGUUUGUGGUGAUAAUGCAGCAUGUCAACAUUAUGGUGUAAGAACAUGUGAAGGAUGUAAAGGUUUCUUUAAACGGACAAUUCAAAAAAAUGCACAAUAUGUAUGUCUUCAAGCUAAAAAUUGUGUAGUCGAUAAACGUCGACGUAAUCGUUGCCAAUAUUGUCGAUUUCAAAAGUGUUUAAAAGUUGGAAUGGUUAAAGAAGUCGUUCGUCGGGAUAGUCUUAAAGGUCGUCGAGGUCGUUUAUCAUCUAAAGCACGUUGUCAAUUAAAUGAACAUGGUGGAUUAGCCAAUUGUUAUAAUGAUGGUAAUAUUAAUAAAAAUCUAUUACCUUUACAUAGUUUUCUUCAUAAACGUAAUAGUAUAUCACCAAAUUUUUCAUCUAUUCAUGGUAAACGUUACUCAGGUUCUAAUAUACAAUUAAAUCAUACAAAUAGAACAAAUUCCAAUACUGUAAAUUCAACUGUUACACUUUUAUCAAUGUUGAGUAGAGCAUAUGAAAUGGUUGGACCAAGAAGUCAUUCUAUCAUGAAUAAUAAUGAGAAUAAUUUGAUUCAAAGUAAUGAAUGCUCAAAAAAACAUGACAUAUUAAAUGGCGAGGUUGGAGAUUCUUUACAAGCUUCACCUGAUGAUACCGAAAUUGAUGAACAUUAUACAAGUAAAUUUUGUUCAAUUCUAGAAGAAUCCAUGCAAGAAUUAAAACAUUAUGCUGAAUUAGUUCCAGGAUUUAUGAAUUUAUCAAUAAAUGAUCGUGAAAUCAUGUUAAAUUUACAUUAUUUAGAUUUAUUAAGCUUUCGUUUAGCUUGGAGAUGUGCCAUGGAAACAGAAGUCACUACACAUCCAAACUAUACACCAACAUCAUUUAUAGAAAAUCAUUCCGAUAAUUGUAUAAAAUUAAAUCAAAUUAUACAUGAAAAUUCUUUCAUAGAAAAACCGUUUGAAAUCUCUUCAUCCAUAAGAAUGACACCGACAACACCUUCAGCAACAACAACACCUACAACAACAGCAACAGGAACAACAGUACUACUACCAGUAACAACAACAUCAACAACAACAAUGACUAAAACAAAUACAUCAUCUAAUUAUGAAAAUAUUUAUAUUCCAACUAUAAAUAAUUGGAAUCAACAAAUGCAUCAUUUGAGAAUGGAUAAAUCGCAUUUUAUUGAUUAUUAUAAAACAAACUACUUAUUAAAUAAUAGUAGUCAAAAUAAUAAUCAUAAAAAUAAAGAAAUUUUAUUUAUUUUUGAAAAUGGUAAAUCAAUGUCAUAUAGAGAAUUAUUAAAAUCUGGUUUUGGUAAUUGGGCUAAUCAAAUUAAACAAUUUAGUACACAAUUAAAACUAUUAAUACAAGAUGAUUAUAAUGCAAUUUGGGGUUUAGCUGCAUUAAUUUUAGUGAAUUAUAAAUCAAUCAAUUAUCUCACUCCAUUGUCAAAUUCUAGUGAAGUUUAUUCAUUACAUCAUAGAUUUGUUGAAAUGUUAAAAAGUCAUUGUUGUUCAUCAACUCAACACAUAAAUUUAACAUCAAAUACACAAACAUCAUUCAUUUAUGACUCGACUUCUACUACUAAUAAUAACACUACUAACAAUAUUAUAAGUAGUAAUAAUAAUUCAUCUAAAAAAUUUAAUAAACUCAAUACAAAUGAUCAUCUAAUAUCAACUUCAUUAUUACGUAAUGAUUCAACAUAUUUUUCUAAAGUAUUUCAACAAAAAGAUAUGAUACAUGAAAUGACACGUGAAUAUUUAAUUCAACCAUUACAACACUUAUAUGAUCAUGAUCCAAAUACAUAUUCAUGGUUAAAAGAUAUUUUAGAAAUAAUCAAAUUAUCCGACUAGAUGUAAACACAAUCAAGAUCCAUUUUGUCGGAUCAAUAAUGAUCCUAUUCAUAAGGAGAUAAUAAAAAAUAACUAAUGGUAUAGAAAGUAAAACAAACAAACACACAAACAAACAAAAAGUCACAAUUAUCUUCUAUCAUGAUGAUUAUUGAAUUUCUACAGGUAAAAUAAACUCAGUUUUCGCUCCCCCCGCCCCCCUGACGAUCUACCCCCUCCCCAAAUUUUUUUCUCAUUUUUUUUAUUAAAUAAAUCAAUAUUCGUUUUCUUUCUUCCUCAAAUAUUUCCCAUUUAUCCCAUUUUGGUAUCAUUAAAGUUCUAUCAAGAAAUGAACCGUCUAAUAGGAUGAUAAAUGAUGUAUUAUAAUGAGGUUAAAUCAAAUAGAUAAUUAUAUAUAUAUAUAUACAUAGAAAGAGAGAGAGAGAGAGAGAGAGAAAGAGACACAAUUUACUAUUCUGCUUUACAUUAUAUAUUUUAUUCAUGAAUUAAAACAAGAAACAAAAACAAUAAAGCCAAAUAAAAUUAAUGCAGCUUACGAUUUAAUCAUCUUUUUUUUAAUGGAUUCAAUAUAUACUACUUAUAAUUCGUGAUUAAGAAUAGAAAACGACAAUGUUUUUGUUGUUGUUGAUGAUGAUUAUUACAUAACACUAUUACUAUUAUUACUAUUAUUAUUACUAUUACUAUGGUUACUAUUAUUAUUAUUAUUAUUAUUAUUAUU